AUAAAAAAGAAAUGGGUGAGCCCGAAAGCUCAAUUACCCGUUGCCUUCGCAUGACUGUCGUCUAGUUCUGCACCAACCAGAGCAACUUUCCUGCGGACUGCUGUCGCGAUCUUACUCGAAAGGCUCAAUUCAUCGUAGUUUCAGGUUGGUGACUGGUCUGUUCUUGGGAUCCAAUUAAUAUGACCUGUUUGUCUCUAUGCAAGGAAGUUCUUAGGUUUCGUUUGACUGCCGAGAAACUGUAGGAAAUGGAAAAAAAAAAGGAGAGAUUAUAUAUUCGAAUUUUUUACUGCGCUUAAGAUUUUGAUGGAACCGAGAAGAACAUAGCUAUCUUAUGAGAUGGACCUCUUGAAUAAGCCCUAAUGCGGUUUUCUGUUUGAAUUGGACGAUUCAUACUGUGGCUUAUAUGACAAGUUCCUGGUAUCAAAUUGGGCAUCAGAAGCUAGUAGAUACUGUCUAAGAAUGUCUUUGUAAAUUCCUUCUUGUACUCUAAAGUUGAUAUUAUGGCUGCGGUUAGGUUUUCAGUUCUAAAAUCACUUUGUAAUGCAAUAGGCCCAUCUUUUAAAUUGCAAUCGAUUCGGUCAUACAAAUCCUGCGCGAACCAUACCAGACAUACUGAUUUUUAUCAUCUAAGGUCAACAUAUGGAUACUGUAAUUAUCAUCAAGGGGAAUUCCAUUCUCCUAGAAACAUUGCAAAUGCCUAUGUUCAAGUUCUGGGCUAUCAGUCUCCCUUUAGUAGCAAAUGUUCCAAGACCAAGCCUGUCACAUCAUAUUCUUCCUCAUCUUCAAUUUUGCGUUCUCAGAAUACCAUGCUUGUUAUGUUGACAAGCUCCACAUUUGGACAACCAUCACAUGCAUUGUCUUUCAGCACAAAAGCUGACAAACCUGGGGACUUGCAUGUUCCAGGUGCUUCUAGUUCAAGUGAAGCAGAUGUUAGUAACAGUGGCUUGGCUGGAACUGAUUUGCUCGAUAAGCUUAAGGAUGCAUGGCAGAGUGCAGUAGAUGCUGUUACUUAUACUGGGCAGAAGGCUAAAGAAACCUCCAAUGAGCUGAACCCCUAUGUUCAACAGAUGCUUGACACUUAUCCAUAUCUUAAAAACAUUGUUGUCCCUGUUACUUUUACUUUGACUUGUACUAUGCUGGUUUGGGUGGUGAUGCCGAGGAUUUUGAGGAGGUUUCACAAAUAUGCAAUGCGAGGCCGCACUUCUUUACUCCCUGGAGAUCAAGUUCCCUAUGAGAAAAGUUUUUGGGGUUCUUUGGAGGAUCCUGUGCGAUAUCUAGUCACCUUCAUAGCAUUUUCACAAAUUGGCAUGAUGGUGGCACCUACAACUCUAGCAUCACAAUAUAUUAUUCCAGCCUGGAGAGGGGCAGUCAUCCUUUCAUUUGUGUGGUUUCUAUAUCGCUGGAAAACAAAUGUGUUCUAUCGUGCAUCAGCUUCACAGAAUUUAGCAGGGCUAGACCGUGAAAAGAUAUUAACGCUAGACAAAGUUUCAUCUGUUGGUCUUUUUGUUAUUGGUUUGAUGGCCUUGGCAGAGGCGUGCGGGGUGGCUGUGCAAUCUAUUCUAACAGUUGGUGGCAUAGGAGGGGUGGCCACUGCUUUUGCUGCUAAGGAUGUUCUCGGGAAUGUACUUACUGGGUUGGGCAUGCAGUUUACGAAACCUUUUUCUCUAGGAGAUACAAUAAAAGCUGGAUCUGUUGAGGGUCAAGUGGUGGAAAUGGGAUUUUCAACCACAGUGUUAUUGAAUGCUGAGAAAUUUCCAGUCUUGGUUCCAAAUUCAAUGUUUUCUAGUCAGGUAAUUGUAAACAAGUCACGUGCCCAGUGGCGUGCAAUGGCGUCCAAAAUCCCGCUGCAUAUUGAUGAUAUGGACAAGAUUCCCCAGAUAUCAGAUGAAAUUAAAGGCAUGCUAAAGUCUAACCCAAAAGUUUUCUUAGGGAAAGAGGCCCCUCAUUGCUUUUUGUCUCGAAUUGAAGAUUCUUAUGCUGAGCUAACUUUAGGAUGCAAUCUCCAACAUAUGAGCAAGGAUGAGUUAUACACUGCCCAACAAGAUAUUCUUCUGCAGUCAGUGCAGAUUAUUAAGAAGCAUGGGGCCAAAUUGGGCAGAACCUGGCAAGAUACAGCCAGUCCUUAAUGCAGAGUUAUCUAGUAUUGCUUUUGACCUUAGUAAAUCUAUAACACAAUGAUUCAGGCAGAAUGUGAUUCUGUAUAUAUGACUACAUCCACCCAGUUUCCGUUUUUUUGACCAACAAGAGAAGAAUAUACCUACAUGAACAUUUCUGGAAUCUGGUUGCAGGUUUUUUCGUAAGAUGGUGGCUCAGAUUGAUAGAAUUGUUUAAACUA